AUGCGACAUUUGAUUUCCAACUCAAGGACCACGAAAAACAAGCACAAGAAGCUCUUCUUUGGUUCAUUUAGGCUACACUAUAACUGGUGCUCUUCCCAUGUUACACCGGUUCCGGCUCCAGUACUCGAAGGCUGCACCGCCACUCAUUCGUACUAUGAUUCAGUGAUUCCAGGUGAGCAAUAUGAGGAGGAUACUGUGGAGUCUGAGCUUUCAGGUUACCUUCAAUGGCUAGAAGAAAAGAAGGCUAAUGGGAAUUUCACGGCCGAGACAGAUCUCAAUGAGAUUGAUAAGCUAGCAGAAAUGUUUAUAGCCAAUUGUCAUGAAAAGUUUAGGUUGGAGAAGCAAGAGUCUUACAGGAGAUUCCAGCAAAUGAUGGCUAGAAGCAUGUGA